ACCCGGGGGGGGAGAGGAGCUGUGGUUAAAGACUCGACGACAUCGCACUCCAGGAUCAAUAUCGAACUUCAAGGACAGGGAACAACAUGGUUUUCACACUCUCCUGGGGAAUCCUCGCAACUGGCCAAAUCGCAACCCUCUUCUCAAAAGACCUCCUCAUCUCCCCCUCCACGCGUUCCGUCUCGGACGUCACGCACAGGAUCCACGCCGUCGCGUCUUCUUCCUCCGUCGAGCGUGCGCAGGAGUUCAUCGAUGCUAUCACGAGGGGGGAGAUCAAGGCGUACGGGAGUUACGACGAGCUUGUGAACGAUGAGGAGGUGCAGGCGAUCUACGUCGCCACUCCGCAUUCGUUUCACUACGAACACGCCCUCCUCGCCCUCCGUGCCAAAAAACACGUACUCUGCGAAAAACCCUUCACGAUAAACGCAUGCCAAUCAAAACACCUGAUGUCCGUAGCGAAAGCCAACGGCGUGUUUCUGAUGGAGGCAAUGUGGACGAGGUUUUUCCCGUUGGUGAGGGAGUUGGAGAGGAUGUUGCAUGAGGAGAAGGUGUUGGGUAGGAUCAUUGACGUUCACGCGGAUUUUGGGUUGGAGUUUCCCGGGAUUGAGGAUAGUCACCGUCUGCUGAAUCCGAUGUUGGGAGGGGGCGCACUUUUGGAUCUUGGGAUUUAUGCGUUGACGUGGGCGUUGUUGGCGGCACACCGCGCUCCUGAGAACUUGGAUGAGGAUGGCAACCCGGUGAGACCGAGGGUUACGGCGUCUAUGCUCAAGGCGAGGACGGGGGUCGAUGCACACACGACCAUCGCACUCGACUACGACAAAUCCGAAAUCGCGGCUUUGGUCACCACAAAUAUGCGCGUCCGAUCCCUCCCAGACAGCACAGCCCGUAUCUCGGGUGAAAAGGGCUACAUCACAAUCGGAUGGGCUCCAUUCCGCCCCGAAUCAUUCACGUUACACCUCCUCGCUCCUCCCGCGACCACCGGGGCUUCAGGUCACCAAUACGUCGGGACAGAGUAUCUCCCGCCCAAGAAGAUCGAGUUCGAGAUCCCUGGGCACGGAAUGUUUUGGGAGGCGGAUGAGGUUGCGAGGUGUGUGAGGGAUGGGAAGGGGGAGAGUAGUGUCAUGGGUUGGGAGGAGACGAUUAUGGUUAUGGAGAUCAUGGACGAGGCGAGGAGGCAGGGUAACUUCAAAUAUCCGGAGGAACUGGAGGCGGUUGAGGAGGGGUGCGGAUUUUAA